ACUGUUCAACCCACAUUUUUUUCUGAAGAGAUUUCUCACACGAACUGAGGGAAGCAUCCAACCUGGGAGGAAAUGCGCAUCACACAUUUCACCAGUGCGAUAAUGAUUCGCUUGAUUGUGUUGGCACUGACCCUUGAUAUAGUUGUUGGCAGCGAUGAAGUCACCUUCGUCACCGCAAGUUGCAGAGAUGACAUAACUUUGCACUGUACUUUCCAUAAAAACUGUCAGAACUACACCUCUGUUACAUGGUACAAGUUCAACGAUAACAGCAGUGACGGAGCUACAAAAAUGACAAUUGUCAUAAAAUCUGAAAAUGUCAUCCAGACUGAUAAGCACAACAAUUCUUUAUCACUGGAUAAAAAUGCAUCUUUGGUCUUAAGGAAAGUUACUCCUGCCAAAUCUGGGAUCUACAUGUGUUUAAUAAGAGCCAAAGCUGGAGGAAUGAACUGUCAAAAUCGGGUUAGACUUAAUAUCUCAGAUUGUGUGUCAACAGCUUCACCCAUCAUCUUUAAUAUCUCCACCAAGUUUACUAAUGAAUCAUGGGCAAACAUCAGCAUCCCACUGCCUCGUGUGAAUGAUGAGUCAGUGCUCUUUGUCCUUUGGGGUUGUGUUGGAUUGGCUGUGAGUAAACUUGUCCUCAGUGCUUUUUGCAUAUGGGUUUUCAAGGAACUCAGUAAACUUAAAAGAAGAGAGACUUGAGGACCAGCCACUGUUUACCUGCCAUAUGGUUUAAUAAUGUAUUAUCAUCAUUUUAAUAAUUAUUUAUAGUAUUUUAUACUAUUAUAGCAUUUUUAACUUAAUAGCUUUUAUAUUUAUAUUUUUAGUUUUCAUUUUAAUUUUUAUUUAAUUUUGUCUUGUACAUUUUUUUAUUUACUAAUAUUUUUAUUUAUUUAAAUGUACCAAAGCAAAUUGUAAUAGUUUUAGCUAACAGUAACACUGCUUCCUACAAUAUCUAAAUAAAUUUCUAUCCAUUUUACU